UGCGGCUAAAUGUGACUCCAGCUCCCACCGACCCAAACGUGCGAUGGCUGCUGGCUACCUAGGGUUACUCCGCUGUUGAACUGUAUCUCAUUGCCAGGAAACAUGCGCCGGAAGGCUCAAAGACAAGAUCCCGCUUCCUAUGGGUGGUAACGGCGUGCAGGCGUUGGGAAGGGGUGGUGGGCGAAGCGGAGCCGCUUUGAACCAUGCUACUGAAUUGUGGGUCAGUUUGUGAAGAGGCCCUGCUUUGUGGAAUCUCAGGUCAAGCAGGCGCUGUACGGAGUGUUUGCGACAGUUCAAAAACUACAUUUCCCAGCAUCCUCCCGGCCCCAGAACUACCUUGCCCGAAAGCCUAAGCGUGAUUCAUUCAGCCUUUCGUUCCCUCCUUCCAACCCGGACGCUGAGGAUAUGUGGAGUCGUAGUGUUUGGAGGCUCCUGUUAUCUGAAAGCAGGGGAGGGCGACAGGUUUCAACUCCCCAUGGGCGUUUCUCGCGGGCGCUGCGGAGAGACUUCUUCACCACUACAACCAAGGAAGAAUAUGACACAAGGCGAGUGGACAUAACUCCUUUAGAACAAAGAAAAUUAACUUUUGAUACCCAUGCGUUGGUCCGGGACUUGGAAACUCAUGGAUUUGACAAAGCACAGGCAGAAACGAUUGUAUCAGUAUUAACCACCUUAUCAAAUGUCAGCUUGGAUACUAUCUAUAAGGAGAUGGUCACUCAAGCUCAACAGGAAAUAACAGUACAACAGCUAAUGGCUCAUUUGGACUCCAUCAGGAAAGACAUGGUCAUCCUAGAGAAAAGUGAAUUUGCAAAUCUGAGAGCAGAGAACGAGAAAAUGAAAAUUGAAUUAGAACAAGUUAAGCAACAAUUGAUAAAUGAAACCAGUCAAAUCAGAGCAGAUAAUAAACUGGAUAUCAACCUAGAAAGGAGCAGAGUAACAGAUAUGUUUACAGAUCAAGAAAAGAAACUUAUGGAAGCAACCACAGAAUUUACCAAAAAGGAUACUCAAACCAACAGUAUUAUCUCAGAGACCAGUAAUAAAAUUGACACUGAAAUUGCUUCUUUAAAAACUCUAAUGGAAUCUAACAAGCUUGAGACAAUUCGUUAUCUUGCAGCCUCAGUGUUUACUUGCCUGGCAAUAGCAUUAGGGUUUUACAGAAUCUGGAAAUAGCAGUGAAACAACUAUACUGCACUCCUGCUGCUGCUGCUCUUGCUUUCCUAAAACACUGUGCCAGGAUGGCUGUACUUUGAACACUGAAAGUUGAAGCAAGACUUAAUACAACAAGAUUGUUCAAACUACAUAGGUACUAAAAGAAAACGUUUUAGAAUAAGAUGUAUUUUGUCUUUGUUUUUAUGUAUUUCAUUAUGUUGAAAAGCUGCCAUUCAAAACCUGAUUAAUUUGAGAUAGAAGGGUCUUUUGUCUGUAACCUUUGAUAGUUCAUAGAAACUGAACCAGAGUUUUCUUGUGUUUGCAUGAACAAUUGUGCGAAUCCUACAGGAUUGCUUUGGUUAUCUUAUACCUACAUAUUUUGACAUACAACUUUCCUGAUAACUACUGCACUAUUGCCUUUUCAUAUAAAAUAAAAUAUAAGACAGUUGUUUGGAUUUUAAAAGUAACCAUAUAGCUGCAGAUUGUUUUUUUUUUGUAAUGAACAAUUAAAAACAAUAAAUUUAAAAUCUUAAAAUGUGUGCCCUAGUGCAAGUGUAUGCCACUUAAUAGGAAACCUGUAGAGCUGCUAAAUCCUGAGCCCUGAUUAUUACACAUAUUUUUUAAUUUUUUCAUUCAUAAAAACCAUUUUAUCCCUGCUUUAUAUUUAUUGCAUAAAAUAAAGCUUUUUCUUAUGGUAUUUAAAUGCACUAAACAUCUACUGAUAUAUAAUGCCUACUUUCAAGAAACUCAUACUUUUGUUUUAUUGCUAUUGCAUGAACUAUAUUUUUCCCUAUAUAAUAGUAUUUACUAACAGUAUAUGUGUAAUUUUAAGGAAAGUACAAAAUAUUUUCAACUCAGACCUUCAGUUUUACCUAGAUCAAGAAGCCAAAGCCAGGAAGUGCCAAACACUUCAAGAUUUCAUAAUGCCUUGGCAAUACCUUAAAAGUUCAAUAACCAUUAUUCAAUAUAUUAAAAAGAACUCCAUCACCAUUUAGUUAUAAAUUGGGAGUUUGAAGAAUAGAGUGGUCAAAGACUAGCCCAUAUGGUCCAGUAAGUGGUAAUCAUAGGCUUUCCAACUAAAUUUUCUUCUAACUGCUGGAUUGUUUUCAAAACAAAACACUAUUUUAAUAUUUUGUUAUGUUCUGAUUCAUGUCUAUUUCAGAAUUUGCUUGCCUAAGAAAAUUCUUGGCACAUUGUAGAUACAUUUUUAUUGUACUAAUAAAUAUAGACCAAAAGGUUCCAUUGCAACAAA